AUGGACCUGCUCGACUGCGCCGCGCUCGACGUCGCCGUCGUUCACUUUGCCGCGGGGCCGUCGCCGCCGCCGGCACCACCAGGAGCAACAGCGAGCCCGACUCGGCUCGUCCUCACCAAGGCGUCGCCUGCCGCCUACCGCCUCCUGGGCCUCGAGCCGUCGUUCGGCCUGCCACCAGCCGUCGCAGCAGGCGAGCUCCUCGCCGGCCUCGGCGACGCCGACCACCUCGUGCGCGAGCAGCUCGACGACCUCGCACGGCGGUCCAAGGCGCUGCCGUGGGGCGACGGCUUCGAGCUCGACUACGUCGUCGGGCGAGGCGCCAGCCGGCAGGUCGAGCGAGCCGUCGUCAAGGUGUCGGCGUCGACCUCGUCCUCGUCGUCGCCGGCGAAGCGGUCGCCCGACAGCGCCUUUGCGACGAGCUCGUCCUCGACGCCCUCGCCGAGCACCACCUACACCGUCCUGUUCCUCCGACCCGCGCGCGCCCGCGACCGAUCCGCCCCUUCCCCUUCCUUCGCCGCCUCUGCGCGCCUCUCGCCCUCUCCGCAACCCUCGUCCCACCUCGACCACGACCCUGUACCUCCUCCGCUCGACCGGGCAUACUCGUCGUCCGAGAACAUGUCCGAGUCGGGCGCCAAGAGCAAGCGGCGCCUCGUCACGGGCAAGGACCGCCUCCACCUCCCGCACACGCCCGACGUCCGCAACGCCAUGUCGUUCGCGACCAAGAACAUUGCCGAGGCGCCCUCCCCACCGACGAGCAGUGCUCGUGCCACGCCCGAUGUGUCGUCACUCGAGCUCGACGACUCGUCCUCGACCGCCUCUUCGACCACGUCGCGCAGGCGCGGCCGCCUACCCUCCGGCCUAAGGGACGCCCCGCCCACCCGCGAUCCGGCGAUCGCCGACUCGCUCAUCAACCUGUCGCGUGUCGUCGAGGCGAGCGCGGGCCGCAUCGCCCACUACCGCAUGCCGAUCAACGACGAGGACGCGUCGGGCGCCGUCCUGUCGCCCGUGCACGAGCGCCCGGACCCGAUGGACGCCGACGGCGCGAGUCGAGACCGUGCAGGAGCCGCCGUCGCGAGCGACGUCGAGGGCGCGAGUGAGCUCGACGGCCGGCCCUCGCCCGAGCAGAAGCAGGAGGUCCAGGACGCCCUCGCCCACCGCGAGCGCGACGCGAGGCUGCCCUUGACGCUCGCCAACCUCUCGAACCUCAUCGAGACCAUGCCGCAAAUGGCCUUCAUCGCCGACCCGGCGGGCCAGGUCCUGUGGCUCAACGCGUCCUGGUUCCGCUACACCGGCCAGCCGAGCGAGUUCAACCCGACGUUCGACGAGUGGAUGUCCAUGUAUCAUCCCGACGACCUCGAGCACGCGUUCGGCGUCUACCUCGGCGCCAUGCAGUCGGGCGACGACUUCUCGUUCGAGUACCGCAUCAAGGGCGCAGACGGCAUUCUACGGUGGCACAUGUGCCAGGGCCGGGCGCAUUAUGGCGACGACGGGCAGCGCUCGGCGUGGUACUGCAACAUCACCAACAUUGACGAUCUCGUCAAGACUCGGCACGACGCCCUCCUCGUCAAGGAGCGCACCAAAGCCGUCCUCGCGGGCUCAGAGCUCACUCUCCUCACGAUCGACGUCAACCUGACGAUCACCUUCUGCGAGGGCAAGGCGCCGAGCUUCAGCUCCUGCACCGACCCGCGUCAGCUCGUCGGUCUUCCCUUCCACGACGUGUGCGCCGACGAGGCGCUGCGUGACGGCGUGCGCCAGAUCCUGGACGAGGAGGUCGAGGUCGUGGCGAUACAGACCGAGAUGCUCGACGCCGAGGGCAACACGAUCUACAACCGCUAUCGACUCGUCCCGCUCCAUGGCGACCCCUCCAUUCCCGCCUCUCACCCCGACGCCAAGGCCGUCUCGGGCUGCAUCGCCGUGGGCGCCGACGUCACUGAGCGUGUGCGUACCGAGCGGGCCCUCGAGAUCAGCCGGGUCAAGGCGGGCGAGCUCGCAGCCUCGGAGCUCGCUGCGCGCGAGGCGAGCCGGCUCAAGACCGAGUUCCUCACGACCGUCAGCCACGAGAUCCGCACGCCCAUCGCCGGCAUUCUCGGUAUCUGCGAGCUCCUCCUCGCCGACAGCGACCGUCUCGCCGAGGACCAACGCGCGCUCGUCGACAAGGCCGUCCGGAGCGGCGAGCUGCUCCUCGACCUCGUCGGUGCGGUCCUGGACGUGCGCAAGGUCGAGCAGGGCGAGCUGCGGCUCGAGGCGGCACCGUUCGCCCUCUCGGACGCGCUUGCCGACGCCCGCCUGUUCGGCGUCAUCGCGCAGAAGAAGGGCCUCGAGUUCGACGAGCAGAUCGACAUCGCGUACAAGGGUGUGCUUCUCGGUGACCGCCUGCGACUGCGACAGGUGCUCGCCAACGCAAUCGGCAACUCGAUCAAGUUUACGCGCGACGGCAAGGUCACGCUCAUGGUUCAGCAGAUCGGCGAGGACGAGGAGCGGGUCAUGGUUCGCUUCAUCGUCGCCGACACGGGCGUCGGCAUCGACAGCGACGUUUUGCCGACGCUGUUCCGGCCGUUCAAGCAGGCGAGUGCGGGUACAGCGCGCGAGUACGGCGGCUCGGGCCUCGGGUUGACCAUCGCCAAGAACCUCGUCGAGAUGAUGGGCGGCACGAUCGAGCUCGCGUCGAAGCUGGGCGAGGGCUCGCGCAUGACGAUCACGAUCCCAUUCAACAAGGCGCCGCCCGGUUCGACCACCUCGCUCGCCGACUUGACGGCCGACCCUCGCGCCAACGGCUCGGCAGGCGGCGCACAAUCGCCUGUGCGGCCGACCGAGGAGAGCACCGUCGAGAUCCGCUCGAGGAGGCGGCCCGAGGACGUGCGCAUCCUGCUCGCCGAGGACAACGACCUGAUCUGCGAGAUCCUCACUCGCACUCUGCGCCGGGCUCGGUUCGUCGUCGACGCCGUCGACAAUGGCCAGAAGGCCGUCGAGCAGGUCGAGCGGCAGGAGUACUCGGUCGUCAUCAUGGACGGUCAGAUGCCCGGCGUCGACGGGUACGAGGCGACCGCCCGAAUCCGCCGCUCGCACAAUCCACGUGUGCGCAACCUGCGCAUCAUCGCCCUCACGGCGUCGGCCAUCGCCGGCGACCGAGAACGCUGUCUCGAGGCCGGCAUGUCGACCUACCUCGCCAAACCUGUGCGGGCAAAAGAGCUCGAGGCGACCAUCUGGCAGCAAGUCGAGCUCGCGGACCUGCACCCUGCUGCUGCGACCCUUUAGACGCUCGACCUGUCCGCAAAUCG